UUGCACAUGCGCAGAGCAAGGAGAAAGUUAACUCCUGAACUUCGCAGUCAGUUUUUUUUUGUUGGAUAAAGUAAAAAGUCGGGAAAAAGUCAUUCUGCUGAAAUGGCAUUCCGGAGGAGAAACAAGAGUUAUCCCUUCUUCAGCCAGGAAUUCUUAAUACAGAAUCAUGCCGAUAUCGUCUUUAGUUUGGUCAUUUUCAUUCUGAUUGGAUUGAUGUUUGAGGCAACAGCAAAAACUGCAAUAUUGUUCAUUCAACCCCAGUACAACAUCAGCACCCAGUCACCAGAGGGAGAGGUGACGUUGUACCAGUAUGGCUGGCGGGACUGGGCCACCAUCCUCUUCUAUUUCUUCAUCACCAUCAUCCUCCACGCUGUGGUGCAGGAGUACAUCCUGGAUAAAGUGAAUAGGCGUCUCCAUCUCUCAAAAAGCAAGAACACCAAGUUUAAUGAGUCAGGCCAGCUGUGUGUGUUUCACCUGGUGUCUAGCGUGUGGAGUUUCUACAUACUCAUAACAGAAGGAUACCUGUUUCACCCUAGCAGCCUUUGGGAGAACUACCCACAUGUCCAUCUCAGGUUUCAGGUGAAGUUCUUCUACCUCACUCAGCUGGCCUACUGGCUUCACGCCCUUCCUGAGCUCUACUUCCAGAAAGUACGCAAGGAAGAGAUCCCUCGCCAGCUGCAGUACAUCUGUCUCUACCUGCUGCACGUCUCUGCAGCAUACCUGCUCAAUUUGAGUCGUGUGGGCCUGGUGCUCCUCUGCCUCCAGUACCUGUCUGAGAUGGGCUUCCAUAUCGCAAGAAUGUUCUACUUCACUGAUGAGAGCCACCAAAAAAUGUUUGACGUGUGGGCGGUGUGCUUUGUGUUCACGCGGAUGGUGACCCUUACCCUUAUGUUCCUUGCUGUGGGCUUUGGGUUGGCCCGCGCUGAAAACCAGGGACUGGACUGGGACUUGGGCAACUUUAACACUGUGCUGAUACGGAUGACUGUGCUGUUGCUGGUGUGUCUGACCCAGUCCUGGCUCCUGUGGAAGUUUAUCCGUUUCCAGCUGAGGCGGUGGCGAGAGUUCAGACACGAACAAGCCUCUAGGAAGAGGGCCGCUGCCAAGCAAACCCCCCGACCUCUUAAGAGAGACUCCCUUGGCCACCAUGAAAAUGGCGUGAUCAAAGCCGAGAAUGGAGCCUCUCCUCGGCCCAAGAAGAUCAAGGCCCCCUAAUGGCUCUACCCGGAAUGGCUGCCCUAACAGUGGCCCUGAUUUAUAUGGCUUAUCAAUCAGAGGAACAGGAAACUGGUCCCACACGGUUCAUCCUCUUCCUGUUUUGCGUGUUCCAGAGGUGAUGCGGGGCCUGGGUCUGUCGCUAUGGACACAACACGGCUUUAAAAAUGCUGGAUGAAAAUCCAAAACCAAACCCCCCAUGAGCCCUGAACAGACAUUUACUCUCUCUCUCUACUCUAAUAUCAGUAUUUUUUUUUUUAUACACCCACACCGCCUGCUAUGGCCACUCUGUUUUUGGAGCUCCCUUUGUAUACAGAACGAUGAAUAUGUUGUUUGUUUGGCACACUGUAUGUGUCAUUGAAUGUGAUGCCUCAUGCGUUAAGUACUGUACUGGUGUAGUGUUUGUCGAAAUGUCACCGCAGCUGAUUUUGAGCUCUGUUGUCGCCGUUGAAUGAGCAGGCUUCGCUUUUUGUUUUUAGCAUUGGUCAUAUUCAUUAGGCACCAAAUGGAAUGAAACAUUGAGGCACUAUCUGGACUUGUCCAAUAAGAAACGCACAUUUUCGGUUUCCGUUGAUAAAUGUUUGAAUGUUUCGUGCCCUAAUAAAUACGACCCUGGUAAUGUGGUGCAGGAAGGAUGUUGCUGAUACUACGGUGGCCCUAGAGGGACAUCCAAAUGUGCUGGCUUUGAUGCUACCCAGUCAGUGAUGGGUAGUGUGUAGAAUGGGCGGGACAAGGUUGAUAUUGGACCAAUCAUGGGGCUCUGGUUACUCCUUUGCCCUUUCUUCUUGGUCAUGGUCGGUGUUACUCGGACCGCGUUGUGCUCAUGCUGUGGUCACUUGACACAAACCAUGCCCAUCCUGAUGACCAUGUAUGUUGGAUAAUACCGCAUGCCAUUUCCCAUUGUUUUUGUUAAAGAAGUAUCUAUUAUUACUUAAUUAAAUAAUGCAUUUUUCUCCAUUG